AUGAGCCUCAACUUCUCCUGCAAACGAUUCGAGGCCUUCAACGCUUCACCUUUCAUGCUGCCAGGCCUCAUGCUCCAAACAAUCCUCGCCGCCAUCGCCAUCCCGUUUACCGUGCUCGCCAUCAAGGACAUCUGGUGCUCAUGUCCAGCCGUUUUGAUGCCGCUCAACACCAGAAUCAUCAUCCAAUUCCAUUUGUUCGGCGAUCUACUCCACUGCAUUUCUAGAUUGUCGACGACCAGCAUAUGCAAUCUGAACACCUCAUUCUUCGGCUAUCACAGUUUGCUUCUCAAGAAUAUUGCCUACUUUGAUGUUCUUUCAAAUCUCGGCAUGUGGCUCACCAUGUUCACCAUCGUUCCAUUGCUCAUUGAGCGCAUUUUCGCCACCAUUCAUGGCAAACGAUACGCAAAUUACACCGGAAUUUUCACCGUUUGGCUCAUCGCUCUCCAUUUUUUUCUUGCCACCAUCCCACUCUAUCUAUUCGCGUUGGCUGUCGAUCACGAAAUGCCGCCUGACGUGUUCGUGUAUAUCAAGUUCUCGGCACCACAUAGUUUGAACAUCGGCCCGACCACUUUGAUAUUUCUACAGCUUCUUGGCAUAAUUUUUUUCUUCCUAUUGAAAACAUACACAAAGAGUGUUCAAAGGCCCCCAACAGAAUAUUGCGUCAAAUUCUAUGUGGCUCAAAACUAUUUCACCACCACAGUCUUGUCUUCAAUCUGCAAUUUCGCCUUCUUUUACCAUCUCCUCCAUUUCAUCAUUAUCAAUGAGUUGCUCAUUUUCGAGCACAUCGAAUCGUCGCCAUAUUUGGAAUACGUCAAUGAGAUGAUCUCCGCAACACCGGCACUUUCAAUUGUUCUCAACAUCUAUUCGCGUUACACACUGAACAAGAAUUGUGUCUACAGUAAUUCAGAAGGUUUUGCCGGCGAGGCUUAA